AUGUCAGAACUCCGCCAGCGACAGCCUACCGCGGCCUCGAGGUCCCAACAAGGCACUGACACUUCUCCACGGCGCGAACCACAGCGCCGCACCGACAAUAAUGACCAUGGUAUCAGCGUCCUCGACAUGAUCCGGGUGCUGGUCACUCUUGUAAUCGCCUCUUGCGGUCUCUCAUAUUACAUGACCAACACCGAAUCGGUACUAUGGGGCUACCGGCCGUGGUUUACACGGUGGCCCGUCGUGAAGCAGUACCUGGUAAUCCCACCCGAAGAUCUUGACCACACCACCACACCACCACCACCAUCAUCAUCACGCAAAGUGUCUCGGAAUCAAGCUACUAACAGCAAUGAAAUACAGAGUGGCCCACUACACCUCACCCCAGCUCAACUCACCCUCUACAACGGCACUGACCCCUCCCUCCCAAUCUACCUCGCCGUCAAUGGCUCCAUCUUCGACGUCUCCGCGAACCGACCGAUCUACGGACCUGGCGGAAGCUACAAUUUCUUUGCGGGGCGAGAUGCCACACGCGCCUUCGUCACGGGUUGUUUCAACGACGACCUGACCCCGGACCUAGGUGGCGUCGAGGAGAUGUUCCUCCCGGUGGAGGACGUGGAGGAUGAGCGUGUUACGCCGGCGGAUAGGGAGCUUCGCCGAGAGCGCGAGUUGACUCUUGCUAGGGAGCAGAUUGGGAAGACCGUUCUGAGGUGGCAGCAAUUCUUCCGGAAUCAUAAGAAGUAUUUCCAGGUCGGGGUGGUAGAGGACGAUGGGGUUGUUGAUCCAGACAAGGGUAAGAGUGUGCUUUGCGAGGGAGCGCAGAAGCAAAGGCCAAAGCGUAGUGAGAUGGCACAGCAAGAAUAG